UUGCCCCUGCUUGCCUCACUUGACCUUCGUGGUACUCAGGCCCUUACUAACGAAGCUGGAAUUUCAUGGUUAGCUGAACAUUGCCCACACCUUGAGGAGAUGGUCUUAGCUAAUAUACAAACUUUGACACAAGAACGAACAAUUGCUGAGAUGCUUGGCAGGAUGACUCGUCUACGCAUCUUGGACUUGUGCGGCCUGACGGCAAUUGGUGAUGUGACGAUGCGUGUAUUAGCUACAAAGUGUCCUCAUCUUGAGAAGCUCGAUGUCACUUGCACAUCAGUGACGAAAGUCGGUUUGGAGCAUUUGGCGGAGGCUCCAGCACGCUCCCUACAUUCUCUGAAUAUCAGCCAUUGUCGCCAAAUAACUCGUGAUUCUUUGGAGAAACUGGUGAAGUCUUGUGCUAAUUCCACUCUCGUUCUAUCACAACCUCUGACUAGUUCACAUUCCAAUGCAACGACACCUAUCGAUCAAUACGACGAACGGGAUAAGAUGGUGAAUUUAUCUUCGCUUCCUGAUUAUGCAACCACUAAGAUCAUGAAGAAAGAACUAAACCUUCCUCUUCAAAAUGAUAGAAACCUUCUAGAAGACAUUCUGGUGGAGGACAUCACUAUCUCGGACAAGUUUUUUGAGGAGAUAGAACGGGAAAUGGAGAUGGAAAUAACCCCACGAAUCUCGACACAUCAUGAACAGAUUUGCGGAGAAAGGAGAAGCAACAGUUGUGAUGAUAGAAAACAAUAUACCUAG